ACAUGUGGUACCAGGUCUAUAAAAAUAAGUUCACGCUGCUGGAAAACAAAGAUAAGGAAAAAUAGUAAUGGGAACGGCAAAUAUUCUACACAUGAAUCCUGGCAACGGAGAAUCAAGCUAUGCUAGUAACUCCUUACUUCAGGAAACAGUUAUACGGAAAACGCUACCCAUCCUAAGGCAUACAAUCAAAGGUAUUACUAAUCAUGACUUAUUCUUCAGUGCUUGUUUCAAGAUUGCGGAUUUGGGAUGCUCUUCCGGUAAAAAUACACUGUUGGUUGCAUCUAAGAUAAUCAAUGUCGUCACAGAAAUGUGCAAAGAAAAUAAUUGUAAACCACCACAAUUUCAAGUAUGCUUGAAUGACCUCUUUGAAAAUGAUUUCAAUAACCUUUUCAAAUUGUUACCAAGUUUUUAUUCAAAACUUAAGGAGGAGAACGGAGAGAAUUCCUGCCUUUGUUUCAUUUCAGCAGUUCCUGGUUCUUUCUAUGGUAGACUUUUUGCGGACAAAAGUUUGCACCUUGUUCACUCCUCUUACAGUCUUCAUUGGCUUUCUCAGGUACCUGAAGGCCUUGAAAGUAACGCACUGAAUAUAUACAUGGCAGAAACAAGUCCCCCAGGUGUGUUCCAAGCAUAUGGGAAGCAAUUUAAAACCGACUUCACAAAGUUUUUGCAAAUGCGCUCUCGGGAACUUGUAUGUGGUGGUCGUAUGGUUUUAACAUUUGCUGGGCGUAGUGUUGCUGAUCCCACGAGUGAUGAUGGUUGUUGUCUAUGGGAGUUGCUUGCACAAUCACUACUUGACUUGGUCAAAGAGGGGCUGGUUCAAGAAACGGAUAUUAACUCAUUCAAUGUCCCAGUUUAUUAUCCAUGCGAAGAUGAAGUUAGAAAUGUAAUCGAAAAUGAGGGAUCAUUUUCUCUUGAAUGCUUGACAACGUUUAAAGUCAACUGGGAUCCAUUUGACGAUGACUACAAAAAUGUGAACGCUUCUGAUGAGGCCAGCCAAACCCACGGGGAAAACACGGCAAAAAUGGUGAGAGCAGGUAUGGAACCGUUGUUGGCUUCUCAUUUUGGGAAAUCCAUAAUCGACGGGUUAUUUCAGAAAUAUAAAAAACAUGUGGCCCAGCAUCAAGCUAAUAACAAAACAAGAUUCUUUAACUUUGUCAUUGCAUUAGCUAAAAAAUGAACAAUUCGCUUGUUCAUAUAAUUGUAUUUCUUAUUUCAACUUCUGUUCAUUUCGGUGACAUAGUGUAUUGUAUUGUAUUUUUGUCACUUUUAAAUUAUUGGCCAUUUAUGAAGGCUAUUUGCUACCUA